ACGUAACCGGAAGGGCGGAUGGUCGCGGCUGGAGAAAAAGGAAAGACUGGUGGCGGGAAGUUUUCAUUGGAGAGCGGCUGAAAACUAAAGCCGUUUGGAUCUCCAAUUUUAGAAUGGCAUCCGUUUCAGGUCUAACUGAAGAAUUGGAUUCUGUAACCAAUGAACUACAUGCAGUAGACAUUCAAAUUCAGGAACUUCUGGAAAGGCAACAAGAGCUUAUUCAGAAAAAGAACAUCCUAACAAACCAAAUAAAGCAGAAUUUAGAGGCUUCUGGUGCUGGGGAAAGCAGUGAAUGGGAUUCUUCACCUGCUGCUUGGAAUAAAGAAGAUUUUCCCUGGUCUGGUAAAGUUAAGGAUGUUCUGCAAAAUGUCUUUAAACUGCAGAGGUUCAGACUGCUUCAACUUGAAACUAUUAAUGUAACAAUGUCUGGAAAGGAAGUAUUUCUUGUUAUGCCUACGGGAGGUGGAAAGAGCUUAUGCUACCAGUUACCAGCAUUAUGUUCAGAUGGUUUUACCCUUGUGAUUUGCCCAUUGAUCUCUCUUAUGGAAGACCAGUUAAUGGUUUUAAAACAAUUAGGAAUUUCAGCUACCAUGUUAAAUGCUUCUAGUUCUAAGGAGCAUGUGAAAUGGGUUCAUGCUGAAAUGGUAAAUAAAAACUCCAAGCUAAAGCUAAUUUAUGUGACCCCAGAGAAAAUUGCAAAAAGCAAAAUGUUCAUGUCCAGACUAGAGAAAGCCUAUGAAGCCAGAAGAUUUACCCGGAUUGCUGUGGAUGAAGUUCAUUGCUGUAGCCACUGGGGACAUGAUUUCAGACCUGAUUACAAGGCACUUGGUAUCUUGAAGCGGCAGUUCCCUAACACCGCACUAAUAGGGCUGACUGCAACUGCGACAAGCCAUGUUCUGAAGGAUGCCCAGAAAAUACUAUGUGUGGAAAAGUGUUUUACUUUCACAGCUUCUUUUAAUCGGCCGAAUCUUUAUUAUGAGGUUCGGCAGAAGCCCUCCAACACCGAGGAUUUUAUCGAGGAUAUUGUAAAUCUCAUUAAUGGGAGAUACAAAGGGCAAUCAGGAAUUAUAUAUUGCUUUUCUCAGAAAGAUUCUGAGCAAGUUACAGUUAGUUUGCAGAAACUGGGAAUUCAAGCAGGAGCGUACCAUGCCAAUAUGGAACCAGAAGAUAAGACCAAUAUUCAUCAAAGAUGGUCAGCCAAUGAAAUUCAGGUAGUAGUGGCCACAGUUGCAUUUGGUAUGGGAAUUGAUAAACCAGAUGUGAGGUUUGUUAUCCAUCAUUCAAUGAGUAAAUCUAUUGAAAAUUAUUACCAAGAGAGUGGACGUGCAGGUCGAGAUGACAUGAAAGCAGACUGUGUUUUGUAUUAUGGCUUUGGAGAUAUAUUCAGAAUAAGUUCAAUGGUGGUGAUGGAAAAUGUGGGACAACAGAAGCUUUAUGAGAUGGUGUUAUACUGUCAAAACAUAAGCAAGUGUCGCCGUGUAUUGAUAGCUCAACAUUUUGAUGAAGUGUGGAAUUCAGAAGCAUGCAACAGAAUGUGUGAUAAUUGUUGUAAAGAUAUUGCAUGUGAAAGAAAGAAUGUCACAGCACACUGCAGAGAUCUAAUCAAGAUCCUGAAGCAGGCAGAGGACCUGAAUGAAAAGCUCACGCCACUGAAACUGAUUGAUUCUUGGAUGGGAAAGGGUGCAGCAAAAUUGAGAGUGGCAGGUGUUGCUCCGCCCAAACUUGCUCGUGAAGACCUGGAGAAAAUUAUUGUACACCUUCUUCUACAGCAGUAUCUUAAAGAAGACCACAGUUUCACAGCGUUUGCUACCAUCUCAUAUUUGAAAAUAGGACCUAAAGCCAAUCUUCUGAACAAUGAAGCACAUGUCAUUGCUAUGCAAGUAGAGAAGCCCACGCAGAGCUGUUUCAGGAUUGAAUCAUCUCAAACUUGUCAUUCUGAAGGAGCUUAUAAAAAAAGGGAAGAAAAAAAUUCAGGUAACUUCCAGAAGUCUGCAAACAUGCUUCAGCAAUCUAAGAAUACAGGGACUAAGAAAAGAAAAAUUGAUGAUGCAUGAGUGUUUCUAAAUUUUCCAAGAAAACAGUUUAUACAUGUAUACAGCAUUAUUUUGUAGUUAAAAGUUUAAAUAAGACAAUUUUAUUAAUAUUUUAUACAUAUGGAACUUACCUCUGAAGUAUUGAAGACUUGAAAAUUUGAGAUCAUGACUUAUACAUGAUUUACAGUAUGAAAGAGAAAAUUAAUUUUAAUGUAAAAUAUUUAAGAAUGAGUUCACAUACCUAUCUUAAAUCCUUUAUCCCUUCACAUACCUUUUGAUAGCAAUGUUAUACGGAGUAUUUUACAUAGGCUUAUCACAGAAAGGGAGUGAUUUCAGCUCAUAACAGCUGUAGAAUCCAAAUGUAAAAGGAAUAAGGUAUCAAUAUUAAUGAUAUUAGCAAGGAAGCUAUUGCUAUAUCUCUAAGUAAAACAAAACAAUAAGCCUCUUGAAACCAUAACCCUCUCAUAUUUCAUAAUCGAAGAAUGAGUCUGGCAUACCAGACCAAGUUGUUGGCCAAGUAGGUAACAGCCUAGCUAAAUCUGCUCCAAGGCUAAAUCAGGAUUAACUUAAAUCCUUACAUUUACAUAAGUGGUCAGUUUUCUGUUGGAAAAAAGUAACUAUAUUAGUUGAUCUUUGCAAUUUUAUUUAUAUUUUAAUACUUUCCCACUGAAAUCAUUAUCACUUCUGUAUUCUUAAUUUCAUUAAAUCAGUGCAUUUACCUUAUUGUGACUUUCAUGUGUUGUUUGGAACUUCAUUUUAAAAAAGGCAUUUUAAGAACUACAUAAUCUUCUAAAUCAGUAUUUGGAUCUAGCACAUCUUCUCCAUAUGAAAGAUCCGUCUGAUUUAAAAUUAAGUUUUCAAAUGUUUCUUCUAAAUCAGUUUCACCAAUUAAGACAGCUCCCAUUAUUCGCCCAUUCUGCAUGACAACUUUGACGUAUUCUUGUCCUUUGGUACAUCUCAGCAUUAAUUCAUGAUCUGAACCUAAGCCCUGUGCGUUUUAUUUUCCCAGCAUUACGACCUGUAUACAGAGAUGAUAAAAGUAUUCUAUAGUGAGUACCAAAAAGGAAACAUGAUAUGCAGUUACACUGUGUUUAUCCUAGGAUGGCCAGCACAAAAAUCUAUUCACAAAAUUUUACAGCUAGAAGUGUCAGUGGAGAGGUGGGUCACAAAGAAAACAUUUUAAUGACAUUGCAUUUAUUGUACAGAUGAUACUACCACACAAUCUCUUAUGAUCAUUAAAAGUAGUGAAUUAAAUAUGUAGGAUCUGGACUAUAUUAGCCUAGAGUCAUGACUUAAAGAUUUAAUAAGGAACUGAGUUAGAUUUUUCAUGAGCAAAUUAAUCUCCUUAAACUUUAUGUAAUGUGUGUUCCUCCUCAUCAGUAAAACUAAAGAAAAGACUUGGCUCAGAGUAAUGUAAAGAGGAGUAAAUAAUAUGCAAGGCAAAGCACCUGGUUCAUUCUUGAGUAUGAUAGCUAUUAGUUCCCCUCACAAAACAAGAAUGAAUCUCAAAUAAAUGCAGAAAUGUAUCAACAGGGAACAAAUCUGAAAGAGACUUUUUCCCCCCUUAACUAUAAAAUAGUAUAGCAAGAAGGUAGGUAAUGAUUAGUAAUUAAGACCAGCAAUAAUACCAGGUUUGAUUUGCAAGAACUAGGAAAUUGGUGAUUUUUUCUAAAAUGAUGAAAACCAUGUAAAUUCUUAUUCAAUGAGAAAACCCGAUAAUUAGUUACAAGACUAACAAGCAGAAAAAGUCACUAAUCUGCUUAUCUAGAAUCUUACCUAUA